CAAAAUAGUAUAUAAAGAAAAUUAGUUAGUAAACCAUGAAAGUCAUAGCUAUAGCUCUGUUAUGCCUUACGGGCGCUUUAAUUGUGGAAUCGUUUCGCCUAUCGAUUGGCGAUCCGAAAGAAGAUCUACAGAAACUGUUGGACGACUUGAAGCAGGAAUUGGAGGCCGAGAUCCAGAAGCUGACUAAAGCCGGCAAAAAAGAUUUAGCUAAAGAACUACUAGUAUUGGAACAACAGAUCGAAUCAAUUGAAGCACAGGUAGAAAAACUGAAUCCACAGACAGAGAUUGGCAAACAAUUGUUGGCUGAAUUGGAAAAAGUUGUCCAGAAGUUGGAACAGGAGAUCAAAGACGAGAUCAAACGUUUAGAUCCACCAGUUGUUGGUGACGUCAAGGAUGAUCUCCAGAAGCUAUUGAAUAAGUUGAAGCAGGAGUUGGAGGCAGAGAUAGAGAAGCUGACAAAAUCCGGUAAAAAAGAGUUAGCAAAAGAACUUCAAUUGUUGGAAACAGAGGUCGAAACUCUUGAGUCAAAGAUCCGUACAAUUGAUCCCAAGACUGAAAUCGGCAAACAAUUGUUGGCUGAGUUAGAAAAAGUGGUGCAAAAGUUAGAACAGGAGAUCAAAGACGAGAUCAGACGCAUUGACCCACCAUUUGUUGGUGACGUCAAGGAUGAUCUCCAGAAGCUAUUGAAUGAGUUAAAAGUCUUGUUAGAUGCAGAGAUCCAGAAGCUGACUAAAGCCGGCAAAAAAGAGUUAGCAAAAGAGCUCCAACUAUUGGAAACAGAGGUCGAAACCAUCGAAUCAAAGAUCCGUACAAUUGAUCCCAAGACUGAAAUCGGCAAACAAUUGUUGGCUGAAUUGGAAAAAGUUGUCCAGAAGUUGGAACAAGAGAUCAAAGACGAGAUCAGACGUAUCGAUCCGCCAGUUGUUUUCGAUGUCAAAGACGAUCUCCAGAACCUAUUGAAUAAGUUGAGACAGGAGUUGGAGGCAGAGAUAGAGAAGCUGACAAAAUCCGGCAAAAAAGAGUUAGCAAAAGAGCUACAACUGUUGGAACAACAGAUCGAAACCAUUGAAGCACAGGUAGAAAAACUGAACCCACAGACAGAGAUCGGCAAACAAUUAUUGGCUGAAUUGGAAAAAGUAGUCCAGAAGUUGGAACAGGAGAUCAAAGACGAGAUCAGACGCAUAGACCCACCAUUUGUUGCUGACGUCAAAGAUGAUCUCCAGAAGCUAUUGAAUGAGUUAAAAGUCUUGUUAGAGGCAGAGAUCAAGAAGCUGACUAAAGCCGGUAAAAAAGAUUUAGCUAAAGAACUACUAGUAUUGGAACAACAGAUCGAAACCAUUGAAGCACAGGUAGAAAAACUGAACCCACAGACAGAGAUCGGCAAACAAUUGUUGGCUGAAUUGGAAAAAGUCGUCCAGAAGUUGGAACAGGAGAUCAAAGACGAGAUCAAACGCUUAGACCCACCAGUUGUUGGUGACGUUAAAGACGAUCUCCAGAACCUAUUGAAUAAGUUGAGGGCCGAGUUGGAGGCAGAGAUAGAGAAGCUGACAAAAUCGGGUAAAAAAGAGUUAGCAAAAGAGCUGCAACUGUUAGAAACAGAGGUCGAAACCAUUGAAUCAAAGAUCCGUACAAUUGAUCCCAAGACUGAAAUCGGUAAACAAUUGUUGGCUGAAUUGGAAAAAGUCGUCCAGAAAUUGGAACAGGAGAUCAAAGACGAGAUCAGACGUAUUGAUCCACCAUUUGUUGGUGACGUCAAGGAUGACCUCCAGAACCUAUUGAAUAAGUUGAGGGCCGAGUUGGAGGCAGAGAUAGAGAAGCUGACAAAAUCGGGUAAAAAAGAGUUAGCAAAAGAGCUACAACUGUUGGAACAACAGAUCGAAACCAUUGAAGCACAGGUAGAAAAACUGAACCCACAGACAGAGAUCGGCAAACAAUUGUUGGCUGAAUUGGAAAAAGUCGUCCAGAAGUUGGAACAGGAGAUCAAAGACGAGAUCAGACGCAUUGACCCACCAUUUGUUAGUGACGUCAAGGAUGACCUCCAGAACCUAUUGAAUAAGUUGAAGCAGGAAUUGGAGGCAGAGAUAGAGAAGCUGACAAAAUCUGGUAAAAAAGAGUUAGCAAAAGAGCUGCAACUGUUAGAAACAGAGGUCGAAACCAUUGAAUCAAAGAUCCGUACAAUUGAUCCCAAGACUGAAAUCGGUAAACAAUUGUUGGCUGAAUUGGAAAAAGUCGUCCAGAAGUUGGAACAGGAGAUCAAAGACGAGAUCAGACGUAUUGAUCCACCAGUUGUUAGUGACGUCAAGGAUGACCUCCAGAACCUAUUGAAUAAGUUGAGGGCCGAGUUGGAGGCAGAGAUAGAGAAGCUGACAAAAUCCGGCAAAAAAGAGUUAGCAAAAGAGCUUCAAUUGUUGGAAACAGAGGUCGAAACCAUCGAAUCAAAGAUCCGUACAAUUGAUCCCAAGACUGAAAUCGGCAAACAAUUGUUGGCUGAGUUAGAAAAAGUUGUCCAGAAGUUGGAACAGGAGAUUAAAGACGAGACUGAAAUCGGCAAACAAUUGUUGGCUGAGUUAGAAAAAGUUGUCCAGAAGUUGGAACAGGAGAUUAAAGACGAGAUCAGACGUAUCGAUCCGCCCGUUGUUUUCGAUGUCAAAGACGAUCUCCAGAAGCUAUUGAAUGAGUUGAAGCAGGAGUUAGAGGCAGAGAUCCAGAAGCUGACAAAAGCCGGCAAAAAAGAUUUAGCAAAACUGUUGGUCUUAUUGGAACAGGAGGUCGAAACUAUUGAAUCACAGGUAGAAAAAUUGAAUCCCCAGUCAGAGAUUGGCCGUCAAUUGUUGGCCGACUUGGAACUGGUAGUCAAACGACUGGAACAGGAGAUUAAAGACGAAAUCCGACGUCUGGAGGGUUAAGAGGGGUCUGACUAUGUAUUUAGUGUUUUAGAGUAUUAUUAUUAUUAUUAUUAUUAUAAUUAAUAAUAAACUAUU